AUGUUGUGGAAGAGAAAGUGCACGAACCCCAAUGAUGUGGACGACAUCUGCGAGAAAUACACCUCUACCUUCGAGACGACGGUCAUACCUGUUGUCAUAUCCUUGACCCUCUUUUUCCUCCUUGGGAUCGUCCUGUUUGUCAUUGUAAGGAAACAACGCAGAAAGAGAAAGGCAGAGGAGGAGGCACAGCACAAGGCCAUCGACGACGAGAUGGAGCUGGAAUUUACGGUUUCUGAGCACAAACAACAGCGGUCUCGAGGGCAGGUCCCGCCGCAAUAUCGUGUACCUGACUUGGAAAGUUCCAUGGGACCCGACGGGCCACCUCCCAAAUACUAG